AUGAUACACAAUGGUUUAUCCGUAGACGAGCGCAUGUCCGAUCUGCACUUUGCACGUCAAGGACGCAAGUUCAAUCGGCGUAAUACCCUUUCCACCGAGAAGCCUGGCGGUGGGAAAGUAAAGGAGAUACUCAGUCACCAUAAGAGAACAUCAAGUCAACAUCUCUCGCCACUCUUUGCCAAGCUGCCAUACGAGAUUCGUACCCGUAUCUUCCAGCAAGCCUUGUUCGACACAGGGGCUGUCUUCAUCGACACUGUCCCCAUCACAUCUCAUCGAGGAAGCUUGCACAAAUUACGUGUUCGCGCCUGCGAGCUGGAACUCGGCACGCCUCCUGGCCUCGGUGAUCUCUACAAAGUCAGCCCAAGCCAUCUUAUGCGCAAGUCUCGUGUAGACACAGCGUUGCUCCGAACCUGCCGUCUUGUGUACAAAGAAACACUCCCUAUGCUAUACGCCCAGACGCGAUUCGUCUUCAAAGACCCUAGGCAUCUGGUCGCCUUCUCUCACAGUAUACCCCGAACGCACUUUGAACACAUCCGCUCUAUUCGCUUGGACUUCUCCGAAAUCUCGAAGGCCUAUCAGAGCGAUAAUCGCACAUUCGUGACACCAUUUCUUGAGCCUAUGCAGGAAUUCCUAGGCGUUGUUCGUCUGAUGCGGCGGCUCCGAUCCAUCUACAUCGUCUUCAGGAUUGCCAAACAUAUGCGUGUGCCACGCUCUGAAGUCGACAUACUAUUGGAGGACAUGCAAGAAUACCAAGAAAGAAUAAUAGGAGCUACUUUUGAGCAAUGCGAAACCCAUCUGCUUGUUUUCUUCUGGGCGAAGCUGGUUCAUCAAAGAGUAGAAAGAGGCCUGCUCGAAGUUGAAGCCGGCUGA